AGUUCAGUCAUCAUUUAGUGUAAAGGUUAUAAAGAACCCCACUGUAAUUUGUAAGAUAUCGUUGUUAAUAUAUAAUUUAUAAAAUGUGGCCCCGUUUCGGUAUAAAAGUCGGCAACAGUACGCUAUGCAUUGCACAAGUCAAGCCCACGGAUACAAAGCCAGAUGUAAUAGCCAAUAAACAAGGUGAUCGGACCUCCCAGGCUUGUUUGCUAUGGGAUGGGAUGGAUGAAAUAGAAUGCGGAUUAACGGCGAAUCAAAAGAUGUCUUCAAAACCAAAGCAAGCUGUAGCCAAUAGUUUUCAAUUACUCAAAGAUGCCCAAGAUAUUACCGAGGAGUUUCUGGCAAAGGCUCGAAAGGCCAUACCGUGUGAAUAUGAUGGUGAAAAACAAAAAUUUGUGCUGAAAGCUGCGCAGCCAACAGACAAUGACGAAGACAAGGAGGUGACGAAGGAAAUGUCAGCUUUUGAGGUUCAGGUUAAGCUGUUUGAGUCCGAAUUGGAAUUGGCCAAACAGUACCAUAACGAGGCCGGCAAACCGACAGUGGUGUUGUCGAUACCCAGCUAUUAUUCAGACAAAUCGUGGUCUUUAUUGGCUCAAGCGGCAGAAAAGGCGGGAUUUCAUGUUGCUCAAAUUGUCGAUGAACCCACCGCAGCUAUUCUGGCAUAUGGCAUAGGCGAAGAAGUCUCCAACGAUGAAUCCAAAUUUGUGUGGACAAUCAAAUGUGGUGGCCUAUAUUCACAUUUUGCUUUGUACGAAGUCCGACAUGGACUGUAUACAAAAAUAGAAUGCUUUGGCCCAUUUCCCAUUGGUGGUCAGCAGUUUACGGAAGAAUUGGUGAAAUUUAUUUGCGAAGAAUUUCAAAGAAAGUACAAACUAGAUCCACAUGAGAGCCGGCGAUCACUAGCCAAAAUUCGUACGGCAGCCGCUAAUUGUAAACAUAUUUUAACGACACUGCCAUCCACUCAACUCUAUAUAGAUUCACUCAUGGAUGGUGUAGAUUUCAAUGUACAAAUGUCGCGUGCUCGUUUCGAAAGUCUUAUACAGCCGGUAAUCAAUAGUUUUAUGCAAACAUUGGGAGAAAAUGUCGACAAGGCUUUGAAGAAUCAUCCGAGAGUAAAGAAAAUCGAUUCAAUUGUUUUAUUGGGCGCCACAACGCAAAUACCCAAACUACAAUCUGCCAUAUCAGCACGAUAUCCUGAUGCCGAAGUCAAUAGUUCGAUUUCGGCCGACGAAGUUGUUGCUGUGGGUUGUGCCCGUCAGACUCUAUUUCUAGAGGAUAGCGAGCGGCAGAUUUUGGAAGCCUCCGAAGAAUGUGAAUGUGUUGAGGAGGAGGUGACAAUAUGGCAUGGGACGCCCGAUGAUGAUGCAGAUGCUCAAAAACUAUUGAAUCCAGGAGAUGUUCUACCCAAAACCGUGGUUUUGAAUAUUAAAUUGAAGGAAACCUCUUUGGGCUCGGAAACCUUUCAGUUGCGUUUUGGCUCACAGACCGUCGAAGUUAAUGUUCACAAGGCCGAGAGCAGCAUAGAAGGUGAGGGUUUCGUUCGCCUGGAAGCCGAAAUAGAGAAGGCAGAAAAUAGUGCUCCAUUGGUGCGUUUGAAGUGCAUAUGAUAACAUUAACCGAAACGACAAAAGAGAGUUGCCCAUAAAUUAUGAAGCGUGUCAACGUGCUGUAAAACGAUGCCUGGAGUUUAGUUCAACUCGAGAUUGGUAGUACGAAAAGCCUUGCAACACAUAUUGCUUGUUAUUAGUCUAACAAAUUUAUUUAAAUAAAAAGAGAAAACAAAAACAAUUUCGUAUUAGAAAAACCAGA